AUAACCAUUUGGACGGUAGUGUCCCGCAUGAAAUUGGGAAGCUAGAGAAGUUAGAGAAACUGUCUUUGCGUAGUAACGAAUUUUCUGGGUCAAUCCCGUCUUCCCUUGGUAACAUGACUUCAUUGUUAUACCUCCACAUGGAGUUCAACAGGUUUGAGGGUAAUAUACCUCCAAGUCUUGGAAACUACCGAAACAUUUUAGAUCUUAACAUUUCAAGCAACAACCUUACGGGCACCAUACCUAAAACCCUUAUGGAGCUUUCAACCCUUUCAAUUUCUUUAGACCUGUCUGACAAUUAUUUGACUGGUUCGCUGCCCCUUCAAGUGGGUGAUUUAGUGCAUCUCACAGAGCUAAAUGUAUUAAGAAACAAUUUAUCAGGUGAAAUCCCGAGCAACCUUGGCAGUUGUGCUAGUUUGGAGCGCUUGCAUUUGCAAGGUAAUAAGUUUGAAGGAACAAUUCCUCAAUCUCUUAAAGAUUUAAAAGGCUUGGAAAGACUUGAUAUUUCAAGCAACAACUUGUCUGGGCAGAUUCCUGAAUUCAUAGGCAAGCUUGGUGCUCUCAAGUAUCUCAAUUUUUCAUACAAUGAUUUUGAGGGCGAGUUGCCUAAAAAAGGUAUUUUUGCAAAUGUCAGUGGUGUCUCUGUUGUUGGAAAUCAUAGGCUCUGUGGUGGCAUCCCACAAUUAUAUUUACCUUCAUGCCACCCAAAAAAGCACCAUUCAUCUCGAGGACCACUUUCCCCAAAAGUAGUCAUCCCUAUAACAUGUGCACUUGCAAUCAUAAUUGCUCUAUCAGGCCUCUUUGGUGCUUGUUCAAUGUCGAAAAAGUCUAGAGAUAGACUUGCAAGUUCACGUUCUUAUAAGGAUUGGAAAUCAGGUGUCUCAUACUCACAACUCGUUGAAUCAACUAAUGGGUUCUCUGUGGAUAAUCUAAUUGGUUCGGGAAGUUUUAGUUCUGUUUAUAAAGGGAUAAUUUCUAGUGUUGGAACGGUAGUUGCUAUUAAGGUAUUCAACCUUCAACAACAAGGAGCUUCCAAGAGUUUCAUAGAUGAAUGCAAAGUUUUAAGGAGUAUAAGGCACCGUAAUCUUCUCAAGAUCAUAACUGCAUGCUCAAGCAUUGAUAAUCAGGGCCAGGACUUCAAAAGUCUAGUUUUUGAGUUCAUGGAAAAUGGAAGUCUAGACUCAAUGUUGUAUCCAAGAUAUGAGGAGGAAUCUCUAAGUAAAAAAUUGAGUUUUAUGCAAAGAUUGAACAUUGCCAUAGAUGUUGCUUCUGCGUUAGAUUAUCUCCACCACCAUUGUGAAACGGCCAUUGUUCAUUGUGAUCUAAAGCCGAGCAACAUACUUCUUGAUGAAGAUAUGGUAGCCCAUGUUGGAGAUUUUGGUUUAGCAAGGUUCUUAUUCGAAACAUCAAAUAAUCCCUCAUUCAGUCAAACAAUGUCAUCUCAGCUAAAGGGUUCUGUAGGCUACAUUCCUCCUGGUACGAGUUUCUGUCAUUCUAACUUCCUUUUUAUGUUCUUAGUAAAUUAUUACUAAAAACCAACUAAUUAAUCUCUAGUUAUG